GAAGGCGUUUGUUCACGUGUGUUCCAGAAGAUUCGCCGACAUAAUAUAUUGGCGAGGAAGGCUAGGCUCAUAUCUGAGAGUGAUAUAUUACGAAAACUAGAUCUACAGCAAGCGACAGAAUCCCGUCAAUUCUGAUUUUUUUAUUAUUCAACUCACAGAAAUUGUUUUGGUGAUUGAUUGACUAAAAAUGUCUGUUGUGGGCUUCGAUCUGGGAUGCCUCACCUGUUUUGUUGGAGUGGCGCGGGCAGGAGGCAUCGAAACCAUCGCAAACGAAUAUAGCGACCGAUGUACCCCAGCCUAUGUGUCAAUGAACGAGAAGAAUCGCUGCAUGGGGGUGUCCGCCAAAAAUCAGAACACAACCAACUUAAAGAACACAGUAUCUUGCUUUAAGCGCUUGAUAGGACGGAAAUUUAACGACCCUUUGGUACAGGAGGAGUUAAAAUCUUACUUCAAACCAUACGAGGUCGUGGAGGGGCCAGGGGGAGAAAUUUUAGUACAGGUGAAUUAUAUGGGAGAGAAACAGUCCUUCACACCAACACAGUUGACUGCCAUGUUACUGACCAAGUUGAGAGAGACCUCUGAGGCAGCCCUGAAAACGAAAGUUGUUGAUGUUGUGGUAUCGGUUCCAGCAUUUUUCACAGAUAUUGAGCGUCGGGCAAUGUUGGAUGCAUGUCAAGUGGCUGGUCUGAAUUGUCUGAAGGUCAUGAGUGACACCACAGCAGCAUCAUUGGCAUAUGGUAUAUACAAACAGGACUUACCAGCAGAAACAGAGAAGGCCCGCACUGUUGUGUUUGUAGACAUGGGGUAUUGUUCUACACAGGUGGCAGCUGUGGCCUUCAACAAGGGUAAACUAAAGGUCUUGGGAGUGGAAAGUGAUCGUAAACUAGGAGGUAGAGAUUUUGACAAUGAACUAGUGCGCUACUUUGUGGAUGAUUUCAAGACACGGUUUAAAGUUGAUGCAAUGACACGUCCCAAAGCCCUUGUCAGACUGACACAGGAGUGUGAGAAGCUGAAGAAAUUGAUGAGCGCCAACUCAACACCUAUCCCCAUCAAUAUUGAGUGCUUUAUGGAUGACAAAGAUGUCAGUGGCAGGAUGGAUAGGGAAAAGUUUGAGGAGCUGACAAAACAUUUGAUGGUUAAAGCAGAGGUACUAUUUAAAGCCCUUUUACAAAACACAAAACUAUCUCAGAAUGAUAUCUACUCCGUGGAGAUUGUUGGGGGCAGCUCCAGAAUACCUGCCAUAAAGGGUAUGGUUCAACAAGUGUUUGCUAAGGAGCCAAGUACAACACUAAAUGCUGAUGAAGCAGUGGCUAGAGGGUGUGCCCUUCAGUGUGCAAUUCUUUCACCAACGUUCCGUGUUCGAGAUUUCUCCAUUGUUGAAGCACAGCCCUAUCCGAUCACACUGAGCUGGGAGGGUAAUAUGGAGGAUGAUAAUACACUGGAAGUGUUCCCCAAAUUUCACCAGAUUCCAUUUGCCAAGAUGAUGACAUUUUAUCGUAAGGAACCAUUCCAGCUAGAAUCCUUCUACACACAUGCUAAAGAUGUACCAAUUCCUGACCCACAUAUUGGCAGUUUCAAUGUAAAAAAUGUAGCACCUCAAAAAGAUGGGUCAUGUUCAAAGGUCAAAGUUAAGGUCAGGAUCAAUAACCAUGGAGUCUUCACAGUAUCUUCAGCCUCAAUGACUGAGAAAUUGGAGGAUGAUGCCCAGGGUGAUCAAAACGGCCUGGAGGCCAUGGAAACAGACUCAACGGAAAAGAAGUCUGAGGAUAAUGGACAAGGAGAUCCCCAACCACCGAGCAAUUCAGAUUCACAAACAUCAGAAGAGACACCAAUGCAAACAGACCAAGAUCAACAGAAUAGUGAACAGUCAACAGAAAAGAAGGAAGAGAAAACAGCAGAAAAGGAAGAAAAGAAGAAGAAGAAGAAAACCGUUAAAGUGGUAGAUUUACCGAUUGAGUCGAAGGUUCCUCAGAUGUCUAAAGAACAGUUACACCUUCUGGUUGAGAGAGAGAACCAGAUGAUUAUGCAGGAUAAGUUGGAAAUGGAACGAUCACAUGCAAAGAAUGCAGUUGAGGAAUAUGUGUAUGAUCUUCGUGACAAACUUUAUUCUCAGCUUGAAGAGUUCGCUAAGGAGGAGGAGCGUGCUGCAUUCAGCAAGAGUCUUAGUGAAACCGAGGACUGGCUCUAUGAUGAAGGAGAGGAUCAGUUAAAACAGGUGUACAUCGACAAACUUGCAGAACUCAAGAAAAUGGGAAAUCCAAUCCAGGAAAGAUUUAGUGAAUUCCAAGAACGGCCACAGGCAUUUGAGGAGUUUGGAAAGGCAGUCAUGUUAGUACGAAAGUUUCUGGACCUUUGUGCCCAAAAGGACGAGAAAUACAGUCACAUAGAAACCAAGGAUGUAGACAAAGUGGCUAAAUGUUUAAAAGAGAAGGAGGAGUGGUACAACACUAAACUUAACCAACAGAAUGCCCUUAAAACAUACGAAAAACCUAUAGUGCUGGUCUCACAGAUAUGUCAGGAAAAACAGUUAUUGGAAAACACAUGCAAUCCAAUCAUGAACAAGACGAAGCCGAAGCCAAAAGAAGAACCUCCCAAGGAUGACAAGAAGGAAAAGAAGAGUGAAAAGGAAACGCCCACCGAGAACGCCCAGCCUGAACAGACAGCUGAAUCAUCUGAGGCCCCAAAAGUGGACAUGGAUGUGGAUUGAUGGAGGAUUUGUUAGAUUUCUUGUUAUAAUGAGGACUGCUUUGGCAGCAACUGUGGGAUCAUGAAAAGUGAGGGCCACAUCAGUCCUCUCUCUGCUUUGCAUGAUUAAAUAUUGAUGCUGGAUAUGAUAGGAAGUGCUAAUAUAUGUAAAUAUACAAGGUUCUUCUCAAUUACCUGAUGUGGCUAUUGGAGUAGUCUUACUGAGGUAUGGAACGCUGACAAAUUCUCUACAGAGCGUAGAGCCUUACUGAUCAAAGCUUAUAGGAGGGGUCGGAUGUUAUUACAAUACAGGGAUCAUUUAAUCAGUGAAUGCCUCCACAGUGUCCCAGUCAACAGCACUUCAGUGUUCAUUUGCUGCUGUUCAGUGACAAUUAUGUGAAUGUUAUAUAAUCAUGUCCACUGAUGUUAAGUACCAUUGAAGUCUCACAGCAAGGACAGUAAUAUUGUGUAUUAAUGGUCAUUCCUGUGAUCAGACAUUGAUCACAUACAUUCAUAGACAUUGCGGGAGAUGUUAUAAUGAUUAAUGCUGUCUUCUUGUAACUUCAUGUUGUUCCGUCAUUCUUUCACUACUGUUCAAGCUAAGCUGUUCCCUGUAUAAAACAUAUCUAACACAAUCUACCAAACUUGUCAGAACUCGUGUCUCGGUGUAAGAUUUCAGUUAAUACUUUACAUGCCGUAUUCAUUUGACAGUAUAGAAAUAAUAAGGGUGAUUGUUGAUUCUUUUCAGAUAAAAAAAAAAAGGCAAUGAGAGAAAAUUUGUAUUGAGGAUAGAACAUUUGGACCAGAAACUGGAUUGAGCCAAUGACAAGAUCAAAUAUCAUUCAUAUUUCUAGUCAAGAUCCAAAGGGAGUAAUUCCAUGCCUGCUUGAAGCUAGUCUUUUUAUAGCCAACUUUAACAUAUCAGAAUCAGUUUAGUCCUAUUUUUUUAUUUCUUUAAAAAAAAAAGGUUUAAAAUUGUUUUUUAGUUAAGGUGAUAUUUUGGUUUUGUUUAUCAUACAAGUAGUACGAUGUCCACAGGCUUGUUUGUUGAUAAGGCAGUCCAAUUGAGACUUUUGAUAUUAACUGAAGGAAGGUUGUUUGUAUCUGUUGACUAUAGGAUUAUUGUACUAUGCUUCCAAUAGAAGUAAUGUUAAGGAGCCUCUUUAUGGAUUAAACAGUAUUUGUCAACCUUUCGGUACACAAUUUAAAUGUUAGGUACAAUUAGCACUUGUCUCCUAUCCUUAUGGCUAAACCCUGAGGUCACUCUGUUGUACAAUUAACCUAUAUUAGGUACGAUUGGCACUACUCUGCUCUUCUUAUGGACAAACCCUUACGUCACACUGUUGUAGGAUUGACCUAUAUUAGGUAGGAUUGGCACUAGACUCCUCAUGGAUAAACCCAGAGGUCACACUGAUUGACCUGUGUUAGAUGCGGUUCACACUAGUCUCCGCUAGUACGGAAUCGUCUGCGCACUAUUUAUUUCGGUAUGUACAUUUCAUGUGGUUUAUAUGAUUCACAUUGAUCAAUUGUGAUGAAUGUGUCUGCAAAAUAAAAGAUGAAAAUUUUAUGUUAAA